AUGAAUCUUGCCCGCCAUUCUAUCAGCUCUACCGCCCCAGUCCUCAUCUUCGACGCACAUUUUGAUCCUGAUUGUCGCAUAUUCACUGCUUCAACCCAGGCGGGCUUCGCAGUCUAUCGUGCAUGGCCUCUCCAAUUGCUUCGGAAACGAGAGAUUACUGGCGGAACACUUUCCGCUGUCAUACCUCUACACACUUCAUCCCUCCUGUUUCUGAUUGGAGGAGGUCGUAGUCCGCGGUACCCACCGAACAAGGUCAUUCUAUGGGAUGAUGCUCGAGGACGUGAAGUUGCCGAGUUAGAAUUCAGGGAGCGGGUACGAGGUCUUGCAUGCAGAAGGGGAUGGCUUGUAGUUGCUUUGCGCCGGCGAGUUGUUGUUUUUCAGAUUGGGGAAGUUGUCACCAGGUUUGGGGAAUGGGAUACAUGUGAUAAUCCAAGAGGAUUGGUCGCGAUUGCCACCGCCACACAUGCUACGUUACUUGCGAUACCCGGUCGCCAAAUGGGCCAUGUGCAGUUGAUUCACUUGCCCCCAUGUCCCCCACCUGAGCUUACGGGCCCCCCACCACCCACGCCUCCGGAACUCCCACCAUUACCGCCGACAAAACACCCAGCAUCUAUUAUCAUUGCACACCAGACUGCUUUGAGCGCAAUUUCCGUGCCUCCUUCGGGUCACCUCGUGGCUACAACUUCUGAGCAAGGAACAUUAAUUCGCAUAUGGAAUUCCAAUACAGGCGUACGCGUCAGGGAAUUCCGGAGGGGUACAGAUAAAGCAGAAAUCUACGGCGUGGCCUUUCGACCGGAUGAGCGGGAGGUUUGUGUCUGGAGCGAUAAAGGUACAGUGCACGUCUUCUCUCUCGCUGAGGCAUCUGGGUCAUCAAAUCGACGGUCAACCUUCUCACCGUUGAAGCCAUUCAUGAAUCUCCCUGGUUAUUUGAACUCGGAAUGGUCAUAUGCGCAAUUCCGCAUGCCUUCUCAGUUAGCUCACAUAUCCCUCUCGACGCCUCCUUCGAAACCACCGACUGCCGAUGUGAUUGAUGAGGCGAAGUGUAUUGUAGGAUGGAUUCAGGUGCCCUCGGAAGAUCAGGACAAUGGAACAGCCAUGGAAUACCAGCUCAUUGCGUUGACAUACACAGGAGGUUGGUAUCGUCUCUCGCUGCCCAGACCAGGUGCAUCUUCAACGGUAUCGACGACUUCUACGAGUCCGCACGCGGCGCUGUCUACUUCGCCGCCGCGAUCGCUGCCCCCAAGUGUCAAAGCGAUCUCAAAGGCGCGCCCACGAUCGUCCAGUAAUUCGUCUUUCGCCGGGCGUUCUGACAAGGGCAAGGGGCGCGAACAUGACAAGGAAGGGAAGGAGAGCCACGAAUGCAUAUUAAGGGAAUAUAGGCGGUUUGGUCGGUGGGAUGGUUGGGGAUAG